GAAUUAGUAUCAUCAAAGUUGCCGGUACCAACCAUAAUUUUUAUCAAAAGCAUUGGAUGAUUUGUAUGAAAUCAAAAGCACUGGCUGGAACACCCCUAAGCUUUUUAUUUGUGUGAUAUACAGUCUAGAGCCUGGUGCACAGCUCUUUGCUAAUUAAUUGAUCUUGUUUUCUGCUGAGCUGCAUACUGUGAUACUGGGGAGAGACAAUGGAGAAAUGGCUUGCCAGUGCCUUUAAACUCCUUACCGUGGAGGAGGAUUUCGCAGACUGUUGCGUGAUUGUCGAGAUGAAACGAUUCAAGUGCCAUAAGGUGAUCCUGGGACUUGCCUCGGACUUCUUCAAGCGCGGAUUCCAAUCCGGCUUCACGGAAGCUGUCUCCGGAGAGCUUUGGCUGUCCGACACUACAGCCAAAACAUUCGAAAAGUUCCGCCUCUUUGCUUACACAUACGAUAAGGAGGCGGUCACCAGCUACGACAAUGGGACGAUCAUCAAACUAAUGGACUUUGCCACCAUGUACCUGGUGCCAACGUUGUCAACCAUCUGCAUGGAGAUUAUCAAGCAAAGAAUACCAAAAAUGAAGUAUCCCGAUCUGCUCAAAGUCUUUGAGUAUGCGCAUCACAUUACCAACGAGGAUUUAAUUAAGGAUACCUUCCCAGGUCAUACGGUCCCUUCGCGAUCCUGUACCCGGUGA